CUACAACCAAAUUAAUCCAGCAAGCUAAGGCUCAAAUGACUGCGGAUACCUCCAAACCCUCCAGGAGAGCUUGCAACAACUAAUCUGAGAGAGAAAAAGAAAAUCUAUGCCUGUAUCCCCAUUGCCUUAUCUACAUUGGGUUUUAUGAGCACAUUAUUAUUAAUUUGAGGAAUAGUUUGUUUCUUAACUUUAUUCUCCAUUUAUUCCAUGGAGAUAAAAUGUAUUAUGAAAACAUUAAUGGAGUGCUUUUAAAAGACAUUUUUCAUGGCAAGUGAGGAAUUGAUUUGAGCCAGUCUUUCUCGUAUUUGACUGUGAAAUAUAUAAUCCAAUAUAACAGCAAUGUCAUUAGAUCUCUCAUCUGACUGUGAGUGUCCUAAUUGUUCGGAGGGUCCUCAGAAUGAGUCUGAUUGGAACCCCUGUUCCCACGAGAGUGGUAAUGGCUCUUUACAUUCAAGAUCAAGGAAGAAAUCCAUGCUUUCUUCUAGCAUGCAGUACUUUCCUUCUCAGUGUUGUCCCACCAAGCCAGAGAGUGAUAACAAAGAAGACUCAGCAGUUCUUCCCUCAGAUGAGGAAAGCUAUGUGGGUUCUUCUCAAAACAAUCAUCCCAUUUGGAGCCUUGAGGAUAUCAAAAGGAAAAUCAAGCCAUUGACAGAGCGGACUAUCCAAGAGUUACUGAGAGAGUUUGGGGAUAGUGGGAAGUUCCAGCCAAACUCCAUGUCCCUGAGCUACUUUAGAGAUCAGGUGGUUAUGAAGUUCAGAAGAGCUCUGUAUUAUUCUGGAAUUUGGGUGACGCAUGUUCGAGGCUACAAACCUCAUAAGCACUUUACGGCUAAUUAUUUUAAAAGAAACCCUGGUUGCCUACACCGGCUGGUUCCAUGGCUGAACCGGGAACUAACAGCUGUUUAUGGAAAUUAUGGCUACACAGUGAAGAACAUCCUAACCACCAUCCUCCAUCACAUGACAGAAUAUGACUUGGACAGUGAGUCCUUCAUUCACCUCCUGGAACCUUAUCUCCUACAACACACUCACCAUUUCCUACAUGAGUUUAUUAGUUUUGUUCAUUCACCUUACAACAUGGAUACCUAUGACCAGCAAGCCAUCUAUCAAUGCUCUGCUGCUUCACCAUAUGUAAACAAGAAGCCCCUUGUAUCAGCUCUUGUUUCACCUCUGCCUAAGGAUCACACUCUACUGAUAUCUCGACAUAAUACAAAGCAAUCUAAAAACACUGAGGGUCAAUGGGAUAAAGAGGAGAGGCCCCUGUCAGGCUUGAAACAGUUUCCAAAUGGUAACUUUUCCUUGAAGAAAUCUGAAAUCCCACCAGUCUAUGAUGAAACAGUAAGCAAAAUCUAUGGUGGACUCAAAGACAAAGCAGAAUCAGGCGACCACAAAAGCACCAUUUCUAUGAAUAAUAUACUCCAGAAUUGGGAUACUCCAAGGGAAAGGUGCCCAGGCUUACUGAAUUGCAAAAAAAAAGUUCAAGAGAAAAAGACAGAAGGGAUAAAGUUGUUUCCUGAUCAUGUCCACGAUCUGGGAAAGAGUGACACAACCACACAAACCUUCAGUACCCCCGCAAUUUCUAAUCAGGUUCAUCCACAGAAAUAUAGUUUAAGAGAAAGAAAGGGUUUGAGCCUUGGCCAGAAGAUAAACUUUCAGAAAGAAGAAGAAGAAAAUAACAAAUACUCACAUCCUUCACCAAAGACCUUUCAAAGACUGUCCAGAGAAAGAUCCUUGAAAAGUUGCAAAUCCAGAGAGAGAGACCCCUCUUGGAGUUGCAUUUCAGAAAAUGCCUUUUCUCCUGAGAGAGAUGGCAGGAAACUGAGUUCUUUCAGAAAAAAGAGGAUGAAGUGUAGACAACUCUCCCAAUCUGUAGAAAUUGGUUCACACUCCAGGAGAAGAAUCCAAAGAUGAUCAAGGUCCAAUACUCACAGAUCCAAAUCCUGGUGUGUUGGAUCUAGAAAGAGAUCUGCAAGCAGAGAAUCGAGUAAUCUCUCUCUGAGAGGAAGUCACAGAAGUGAACACUUCACCCAGAAUAUAUGCUGUGAGCCCUCAAAAGAAAAGCAUGCACACGGCAAUGAAUCAAACUAUGGGAGGCCAUCUUCAACCACAGUCCAAUACGUGAAGCUUUCUUCAACUGCUGGGAAGAGACCCAAGUGUCCUUCUAAAAGUGAAGGUGCUUCCCAAGCAGGAAGACACUGUAACAGUGCCACAUGCCUACAUCUCCAGGAAUACAGAUCCCCAAGUAAACAGGAGAUAAAGCAAGAAACUACAUUUCCUAGAGCUGGAAGAACCAGAGCAGCUAGGCACAGAAAAACCAAAUGCCAUUAUUCAGACAUACACAUCACAGAGGAUGUCAAUGAUGAACUGGUCACGGAUGAUAUAAGCCAAAUGAGUGGUCUGAGUGUUCACCCUCCUGCAGGAGGCAAAUCCACAAAACAGCAUUUGAAUCUUCAGAAUAUUCACUGGGUCAAGGAAGAAUACAAAAGAAACACACUAUCAGAAACAUAG